GAAACCACCGCUCAAUUCGGCCGAUCUCCCCCCUCAUCGAGAAACAAAUCAAGAACUGCGACAACCAGCCGGAGGCGUUCGCAGUCUCAACUUUGGCGUUCAUCCCAUCGCCCCAACCUUGCUAUACAAAUAACACAAUCUCAGACUUGCACGGCCUUCAUUCUGAUCAUCUGAGCUUUUCUGCGCGCGCAGAGGUUCCCCCGCCAUCAUCAUCAACAUUUGAUCCGGGCAAGCCACACCCCCACCACCACGUCCACCAUCAUCCAUCAUCAUGCCGCCCUACUCGAGUCUGCAGAAGCAGCAAAUAGCACAGUUCAUCAGCUUCACGCAAGCGAAGGACACAGCGGCUGCCAAGUUCUUGAAAGCGGCACGAUGGGAUCUUGAAGAAGCUAUCAAUACAUACUUCCAAAGCCCCUCCGGCGCUGGAGCCAGCACAAGCGCGAUUAACAAGAUCUUCGACAGCUACAGCGACUCCCCCGAAGAAUCCCCCGAGACCAUCGGCAUCGACGGCGUAAUGCGGUUCCUAGGCGACAUCUCCGUGCAACUCGACGAAGUGACCUGCCUCGCCAUCGCGGAGCUCGUCAAAUCCCCGACGAUGGGCGAAUUCACGCGAGAAGGGUUUCUGCAUGGUUGGCGCGCUCUCGGAGCCGACACGCUCGCCAAAAUGACGGCGCACGCGGCGGAGCUCCGCGCGCGCCUGCCCAUCGAACCGGACCUCUUCCGGCGGGUGUACCGGUACACGUUCCCGCUGUGCCGGAUGCAGGGCCAGCGCAACCUGCAGUUCGAGAUCGCGGCGGAGCAGUGGCGGCUGUUCUUCACGGCGGAGCACGGCGGCGUGGCGUGGGGCUCGGCGACGACGCCGUGGCUGGACUGGUGGCUCGAGUUCCUGGAGGGGCGCGGGCCGCGGCCCGUCAAUAAGGAUCUGUGGGAGCAGGUGGAGGUGUUCAUGCGCAAGACGGGCGAGGAUGAGGCGAUGGGGUGGUGGAGUGCGGACGGGGCGUGGCCCGGGGUGAUUGAUGAGUUUGUGGAGUUUGUGGUGGGGAAGAGG